UGCAGUGUGGAGGCAGCCAGCCUUUGGGGCCCUUUUGGGAAGAGGGAGGGAGAAGAAGAAAGAAGGCAAGCAGGCAGCCAGGCAAGCCAGCCCCAGCUCCGCCCUCUGGCUGCCGGCGGCAGUCCCUCCGCCGUCCGCUUCGCGCGGGGCCCCAGUUCGAAAGCUGCGUCGGAAGGGAAGGAGGGCGCCUUUGCUGCUGGGAUGCCCGGCUGGCCCUGAACCCUCCCUCGGCUGCCUUCCUGCCAUGCUGGCCUGGGGCUGGGCUCCGGAGGGCAGCCGGCGGGGGGCCUGAGCAGGAGGAGGAGGAGGAGGAAGGAGUCCUUGCCGGCUCUCUCUCUCGCCCCUCGCCCGGGAAGGCCAUGGGGCUGCCGGGGGGCCCCCUUGCCCUGCUGCUGCUGCUGCUGCCGGGCCUCUCCGGGGCCGACUUGCCGGGGGAGAACGAGGUGCACUCGAGCUUCAUCCACCGGCGUCUGCGGAGCCAGGAGCGGCGGGAGAUGCAGCGGGAGAUCCUCUCCAUCCUGGGCUUGCCCCACCGGCCCCGGCCCCAUCUGCAGCCCGGCGGCAAGCACAGCGCCUCGGCGCCCAUGUUCAUGCUGGACCUCUACAACGCCAUGGCCGGCGAGGAGGAGGCGGCCGCCGCCGGAGGGGCCAGCCUGGGGGCCGAGGGCCCGCGGGGGCUGGAGGGCGGCUACUCCUACCCCUACAAGGCCCUCUUCAGCACCCAGGGGCCCCCCCUGGCCAGCCUCCAGGACAGCGCCUUCCUCACCCAGGCAGACAUGGUCAUGAGCUUCGUCAACAUGGUGGAGCAUGACAGAGAGUUCUACCACCAACGCAGCCACCAUCGGGAGUUCCGGUUCGACCUCUCCAGAAUCCCUGAGGGUGAAGCGGUUACUGCUGCAGAGUUUCGGAUUUACAAGGACUACAUCAGAGAACGCUUUGAUAAUGAAACUUUCCAGAUCAGCGUCUACCAGGUCCUCCAAGAACACCCAGGAAGGGAUUCAGAUUUAUUCUUACUUGACACUCGGACCAUUUGGGCAGCAGAAGAAGGUUGGCUGGUGUUCGAUAUUACUGCAACUAGUAAUCACUGGGUGGUAAAUCCACAGCACAAUCUCGGCUUGCAGUUAUCAGUGGAGAGUAUAGAUGGACAAAGCAUCAACCCCACAUUAGCUGGUCUAAUUGGAAGGCAUGGCCCACAAAACAAACAGCCUUUCACAGUGGCUUUCUUCAAAGCUACUGAAGUGCAUCUCCGAAGUAUUCGUUCGGCAGGAGGCAAACAGCGCAACCAGAACCGAUCGAAGACACCAAAGAACCAAGAAGCUUUUCGGGUGUCAAAUCUUGGAGGUAUGCAAGCAGUAGAGAACAGCAGCAGCGACCAGAGACAAGCUUGCAAGAAACAUGAGCUCUAUGUCAGUUUCAGGGACCUCGGCUGGCAGGACUGGAUAAUUGCUCCAGAAGGCUAUGCUGCAUAUUACUGCGAAGGAGAAUGUGCCUUUCCAUUAAACUCAUACAUGAAUGCUACAAAUCAUGCUAUUGUACAAACGCUGGUUCACUUUAUAAACCCCAACACUGUGCCGAAGCCUUGCUGUGCCCCAACACAGCUCCACGCCAUCUCAGUCCUCUACUUCGAUGAUAGCUCCAAUGUCAUUUUGAAGAAAUAUCGAAACAUGGUGGUACGAGCCUGUGGCUGCCAUUAAACAUCCCACAGUGGAAAGACAACAUGGUUUGCAAAAUAGGCAAGGUUGUACUGUUGUUGAGUUGUUGGAGUUUUUUGGUUUUGAACAUGGAUUGCUAAAGAACAAGACAACCCUGCCACAGUUCUUACGAAGAACAUUUCUUACAAGGCCAUAGAGUCAAGAAAGAAUUCCAGAUGGAAGUGGCAUUCUGGAGUGAGUUUGGCUUUUGCUUUUGAAUGAACAUCAUUCCACAAACUGAUGCACAAUGAAAAUAAGGACCAAGGAUCAGUUUUGCAAAUUGGUCUGCACUUCUGUAAGGCAAACAAAACCUCUCUGAAAGUGCUUUGUCAAGGGGAACAAACCUUUUUUUUUAAAAAAAAACAAAAAACAUAGCCAUCUCUGUGGUGAGAAAAGUGUGUGUAUGAGUGUUUGAGUGUGUACACAUGUGCAUAGGUUUAUCAAAGUUACUCUUAGAGAAAUGAAUUGUUUGAAUUAAAAUGUGUGAAUGAUGCUGCCUGUGAGAAACAGAGAUUCUGUUAAAAUUACUAGGGAUAUGUGAAUACUGACCUUUUGUUGUUGUUGUUGUUGUUAUGAUUAUUUUCAUCUUUCCCAUGGUGCUCCAUGUUUGGGAUGCUUUUUUUCCAAAGCAGUUGUGCUGUUUAUGCAAAGUAGGUCCCAGUCAUUGAGCCUGGUGCCUUCAGCUAUCCAAUGUGUUCCCCACUGUAAAGCACAGAUAGCACUAUAAAUCCAAAAUCACAGUGACACAUAACAUGCACACUUUGUUUACCCAUUCCCAUCCAAAACACACUGGUAGUAGUUCAGACUGCAUGGGCAGAGUAGACUCAUGGGUGAGCUAUCUUCAGUGCAAUUCACUUAACUUCAUGUACACUUGCAGAGUUAUACCAUUAAACACUGGGGGCUUUGGCUGGAGAAGGGUGAAGUGAUACAAUUUCCUUUGAAUGGACAGUAACAUUUGAAGACUUGUUCCCUGUUCACCAACAAUUUAGCACAACAGUAACCAUGCAGUUUUAACUGGAAUGAGAAAAUACUGUUAUUCUCAGCUUCCCUAAAUUUUCCUCUGUUCAUUGGGUCACUUCAACUUCACAAACUAAAGUUUGCAGUUAGCAAUGGUCACACCUCAGAUUAAUCUUCUUGGCUGAAAUACUGUCAUUGCAUAAAGCAUAUGAGAAGCUAAACCAUAAAUUAAUCUCUCUGAGAUUGGAAAGCAAUGUGCAACAGCAUUCCACAUAGGAUCAUAAUGGGCAAAGAGUAAAAUAUCUUACUACUGUGUAUGAACAUGUGAACGAGAUGCCUAUUAAAUGUUCUGACUGGACUGGACUGGACUAAGAGGGAUUGCAACACCAAAGAUAGAUGGUACCUUCAGAACAUUGGAGUGGAAUAAUAAAUUCAAAAGAACCAAAUGCUCAGAAGUUGGGGAAAUUGGGCAGGUACUGGUGAGUCUAACAAAGACUUAGUAGCUCUAGCGGUUAACAAAACGAACAUGAGUCAAUAAGUUGGUAUUAAAGCCAAUAUCAUUACUUGGUUCAACAAGUAAAACCGUUUCCAGAAUAUGAGAUGCAUUACAGCUGUUGUGAUGCUGAGUAUUGCUCUAUCUGUAUUUGAAGCACUGUUUUUAUUUCUUGUUCAAAACUGGGGUUGGGCACAAACGUUUCAAAGGGAAAGGUACAAAAUGAACUGUUUAGAAAUGAAGGUGAAAGGAAAUGGGCCGAUGUCUUCCCAGUGCUAUUAGGAAAGGGGGUGAAAGUGAAAUAGCAAGAAUAAUAUGCCAUUAUCUAAAUCUUUGGUGAAACCACAUUUUUAAUACUGGUUGUCCCAUAUCAUAAAGCUUGUAGAAUUGCAAGAAAAUGUACAAAGGUCAACCAAAAUGAUCUACAGAGAAGAAGACAUUUCUUACAAGGAAAAAUUAGUCCAUUGAAGACUUUUCCUUCUAGGAAAAAAUAGCACAUGGGUAAGGAGUGUUAUAAUUUUAUAAACCUUUUUGUGCAGUGGGGAGAGAAAAGUUUCUUUUUUAGUCCUAAUACCGGAAUAAGGUACGUAAUUCAGUGAAGCUGAUUUGUUGCUUUUGGAGAGGACAUUGAAUGUAUGUCUUCACACAACACAUACUUCAUUUAUGGGAUAUAUUGCCAGAAGAGGGAUUGAUGCUCACUACAUGCCUUUUCAAAAGGAUUAAUCUCACAGAGGAUAUAUCCAACAAGGACUAUUAACAAUUAUAACUAAAUUCUACUAUUCCAUGGACAUACUUUUUAAUAGAACAAAUGAAUAGCACUAGAGAUCUGAUUGCUAAGUGUUAUGGGGAGGAGGUGGGUUUUGUGUUUCUUAUCUGAAAACCUUUAUGGCUGUGAAGUCUUCUUAAAAACAUGGAGUGCUGACUGUUGAAAUCCAAAAAUAGGAAAGUUAGUAGAAAAGUGCUAAUUAAUUUAGUUGUUAAUAAGCUGAAAAAUCUAGUUCAAUGCUUUAUAUUAGGAAGGGGAGAAAUAAAUCACAAUUUAACUUUACAUUAAAUGUUUGCACUAUAAGACCAUUGUAGAAUGAGGUGGCUGGGGCGGGGGGGGGGGGAGCUUUCUAUAAUCUGAUUCCCUCUGCCUUCUCCAUAUCUUGGAGAGAAAGAAACAACUGAAUGAUUUUUUGAGAAAAUACAUUUUUCAUCCACCCCACCAAAAACCAUUCUGUUGCUUUGCUUUUCCUCCCUCCCUUAUAAUCUCAUCCCAGCAAAAGUCUCAGGGUAAGAGCUUCAGAAUUCAGCUUCCUGGGACAGAUGAGAAGCAUGUAUACACUCUCUGAUGUAAAACAUAGGCAAUCCACCUGGACACAAAGAAAACCAAUCCUUGUUCUAAGCUACUCUUAUACUGGUUGCUGGUUUAAUUUUUCUUAAACCUUGAAUUAAUUAAUCUAUCACAUUGAACCAAUAAGCAAGGCUAAAAUAUUAUAAUGCACCAGACCUAGGACACUAAAGAAGAGCAAGAAACAGUUUUCAAAAAACCAAGAGAACUGGGCUUUGGAAAAAUAAUAAGUUGGGAAUUGUUAUAUUUGUUGUGUCUUUAGCAUGAUCUCUUAUCUGACAAAUUAAUGAUGAGGCUGAAAUUCUAACUUAAUUUUUAAAAUUAAUUUUAACUUACCCAUUUCCAUUAGAAUUUUUUAAGCGUAAUGAAUAACUAUUGACUUUAAUUAGUUCCUAUCCCUGUUGAAAUCCUAGUUGUCAGUGAUAUAGUUGAAUUGCAUUUCCUGUCCUGCAGACCAUUGUAAAAACCCACACACGGUCCAAGUAUUUUAUUUAGCAGUUAGAAAUAGUAGAAGUCACAUCUACAAAAAAAAUGCAGCCUUGAAAAUAUAUUAUAUAGUCAUGAAUGUACAAAACAUUUGCAGAGUUGCAUUACUUUGAUUUCUUGCAUGCUUCCACAGUGGUCUUUGGGACAAAGUGAAUGGCUCAGGGAUUCUGAGGACUAGAAAGUGAUGAGUAGCUUUUGCUCAUGAUAGUCUCAGUACAGUCACUGUAUGGAAGCUUUUCCUGUAGUUUUCCAUGUCUCAUCUCCUCCCAAGAGGAACAGAGAACAUAGGGAAUGUGAGGUCGAAGGCUUCACAGGAAAUGUUUGGUCUACAUGGUGAUAUGCCCAUCCUUUUCAAGACAGCAUUACUUACAACUCCCUAAACACAAUCAUUAUAAAUUAAAUAACUUUAAACAGGUAGGCAUGUUUUGAGACCUAAAGCAUGGGCCUAGUUAACCCUUUAUCACUUGGGAUUUGUAAACAUGCAAAUAGGGGGUCAGAGGAGCAUGUUGGUGUCAAAUGGACUAUAAUGAUGCCUUGAGAAAGAAAUAUUUAAUUUUUCAUGAGGCUGUUCCUAGAGGGCUAGAAAACAUGCCCAGGCAAAAGGUUCAGGCAUCUACCAAGGAUUCAAACUAUCUGAUGGGUCUCCCUACCAAGUUCGGCCCCUAUCCUAUGUGUUUAAAGAGGGCACUUUCUCCUCCCACCUGAGAUCAGUGGGUGAACAGAGCAGUAAAGUAAGUGGGAGUUGGAUUUGGUUGCUUUUUUUUUUCUUGCUUGCUUGCCUUUUUUAGGAUUGCCAGAUUGAAAACGGAACCUGGCUCCUGUACUUUUAAUAGAUGUGUAGAAGAGGGAAUCCCAACAGGUGUUUCUUGACAUGAAAUCGGGGGCCUGUUCAUGUAUUUGCAUUUAAACCGGUUUGUGAGUUGAAUCGACACCGAGUUGCUGAAUCAAAUCAGGUUGAUGUGUAGUUCCCACUAGGGAAGUGAAUGAUUUCAUUAUUUCAUGAAUUCCUGUCUCUUCUGACAUGAUUGUCAUUCCCACUAGGAUUUGCACCACUACGUAAUGCUUGCUCAGUAUCUAUUGCAAUCGAUCCAUCCCAAGUUUUAUUUAAAAUGACAAUCAUAUGAUGCAUAUCUACCCAUCAUUGGUGACACAAGCAAGCAUCAUUCCGGAGACACAAGGACUUGUAGGUGUAGCCCUGUGUAUCUGCUAUUGCUAUUUCCAGUCACUCAGCCUUGUGGAGACACAUUACUCACUCUAGGGAUCCUACAGGACUGCAGGUGAUCAUAGAUUCUGUCAUUAAUUUUUAAAAAGAAAAAGACAAGGUUAAACCCCCUUCCCCAAGCAGCAAAAAAGUUGUCUCACCUCUUGAAAGUAUUCCGGGAGAACAGGGGGAAAUUCUAAACAACUAGACCAUGAGCAUAUUGAUUCACAGGGACCACUUGGCAGUGUUUAAAAAUGAAAAAUAAAGACACAACAGUAGUCAAAAGACAUCACUCUCAGCGCUGGGGGGGGGGGGGGAGAAUGGCAGAUUCCCCCAAAACCUGGAUGAGAUGGAUUCCACCUGUCUGCCAUUAGCCCCUCCCCUCCAGCACGGUGUGCUUGAGAUCCAAACGUCAUUCACACAUGUUAAACACACUUGCAAAUUGAUUCUCUUCAAAAGAACCACCAAAAGAUCAAUUUUUGAAAAGAGCUUUUUUUUGUUCAGUCGUCCCUCCAUUUUCAUGGACAUCGAAUUUGUUAUGGGUAGUACACAGGUAAUAAAUGGAAGGGGACAAAAUGUGGUGCUCACAGGCACACCCUGCCAUUCAAGCCAAUAGGACUUGAAUAUCAGUGAUUUUCCAUUUUCACGUUGGGGGGUACUGCAUUUGCCUUGUUUCACCUCAGUUUAAACCAAAUGCAGUUGGGUCUGAAAUCAUUUCCAGUGUGAACGAUGCACAUAUAAACCAAUCAGCAAAUCAGUUUAAAUCAUAGUUGGAACGGGCACCAGGUAAACAGCAACACCAGCUGAAAUUCCCUCUUCUACACAACCAUUAAAGGUCUGAGAACCCUUUCCAGUUUUCUUUGGAAACCCUGGUCUUCUUGCUCUUGGGAGCAGGACUGUGCCCAACUGGAUGAUCAGGAGAACAGAAAGGCCCUGAAAGGCAUGUUAAUAUAGGAUUGCCCAAGACAUGGAACUGGUUGCCUGUGAUGUUUUCUGUCUUCCCAAACAGCUUUGAAAUGGUGCCUGCUUGGCUGGUAGAGUGAGGAUUUAGAUGUGGCAGAGCUUCUAAAAUGUGCCUUUCUUUGAACCAGGUUUCCCAGGGCUUCUGGGAGUUUAGUUCAAAACAGCCAGUGUUUCAUCCUCUGAGAGAUGAACAAUGAUCUGGUACAUAAUUACAGGUUUGUUCAAUGUAUUAUUAUAUACUUCUAGGGGUUCAGUGAGCCUUGUUCAGGGAACUUGGAUGCUUCUUUUAAUGCUAAUGCAAUACAUUAAAAAAAACACCUUCAGAGGGUGUCUGUAUAUAAUAUAUGGGUGAACCUUAGUGCCUUGUGUUCCAGUCCAUAACUGGUGGAUGUUCUGUAUAUGAUAGGCCACACUUCAUAAAGUAUUUCACUGUAUUCACUACAAUUUUUAGAUUUUAUUGGGAGAUAUUGUUUAAUGGGGUAGUUUCUCCUAUUCUCCAUCCUCCCAUGUCCCACAUUAAAUAAAUGGCAGGCAUUCUGCAAAUCUCUGUGUAAGCGCCACUGUUUGUACAUGUUUGUGUAAAUAGUUUUCACAAAAGCAGAUCAAAUUUAUUUAUUUCAGCCUCUAUAUUUCCUCUUUUCUCAGUCAGAUUCAGGAAAGAAAAUACCUAUUCAUCUCUCCUUUGAACACAUGUUGUUUCCUUAUUUAAUAAAGUAUUUAUUAACAACUGUUGGUAAAAAAUAAAUAAAGGAAUAUACAUUUUGGGUCUUUUUUUCUUUAGAGCAGUUGUUUUUAGAUGGAUGUUUGUAUAAAUUAACCAAAUAAAUGUGGUUUUACAUGGUUUUAAAAAAAACACA